GUCGGAAAGAUCACACUAACGUGCUUGAUUUACUUAUUAUUAUUUAUUUAUUUUAUUUUAUUUAAAAAAAAAAAUAGUUAUUCAAUUAAUAUGAUAGUUUACGCAUGCUAGUUUUUUUUUUUUUUGUUUAUAUUAAAUCACAUAGAUAAAAUGACUACAUAUCUAUGGAAUUACAUCGAAAUGCAAUAUUACAUUACUUGUAUGUAAUACUCUACUUACAAUCAAAUGUACCAUCAAGAUGAUCCGACCUGGAUAUAUGCAAUGGAGGCUCAUGGUUUGGACGACGGGACCAUCUCACCGAUACUAAAAUCAAUUAAAAGAAGAAAAUUAAUUGUAUAUUCAUAAUUCUAUAUUUGUAGUAAAAUUUUUAAAUAGUUAUAAUACAUUUGUCGAGUGCGAACAUUAAAGUUUUUUCUCUCAGUACAUGCGAAUACAUACAAUACACACAAAAAGUGUUUGGGCGACCGGCAGCAUCGCCCAUACGUUGGUUGUUGAAAUCAACAGUCAGGUGGCCCAAUUCAGAGAAUUAUUGGUGCAUAUCGGUACGUCUAAGGAUUCUCCAGAAACAAGAGAAAAGAUCCGGAAAUUGCGUAGGGGUUGUGUAGAUACAUGUAAACAUACCAGUCAGUUAAUUAUUCCUCAUAUGCGAGGGUCAAAUUUAGAAACGUCACUCGCGGACCAUCCUGAAUUAGCCCUUUUGUUUUAUUUAUGCCAAAUGAUGUUAAGAGAACUAGGAAAAUGCAGCCGUUUAGUACAGCUAAUUCCAAUGGAUAUGACUGGAUAUUUCGAAAAUCGAGCAGGACCAUCAAACAUCGGAAACGUUAUUAGUCAAAUACUCUUAUGCAAACAAAUAUCACCAGAUUUUAACCAAGAAGAAAUAUGUAGCAUUGCUAAAGAUAGUCAAGAUCUAUUAAAACUCAUCCAAGACAUGCAAGAAUUUCUCCCUCAACAGGAUACUGCAGCUGAAAAAAACGCUGCGUUAGAGCCAGAGAACAGUAAAUGGAAACGAAAAGGUAGGCGAAAUUCAUUCUACACCAAUGUCAGCUCCUGUUGUUGUUUUUGCAGACCAACGUAUAUAUGAUGCUCCGCAAUAAUAAUUAUUGUAAAUCAGCUUACUUACUAAUGUAAAAAACACUCAAAAGCUCAAAAAAAUAUAAUUCUUUCAAACCUACCUGUAAAAAUGAUAAUAAUUACCUAAAUAAAUGUAUAUAGUAUGUACUUUUUCAAUGUAUAAUAAAUUCAUUUUAUUAUUUUACUAGGUAAAAUGAUUACAUGAAUGUAAUGUAUUCUAAUAAUAAUAUUUUUUCAGAAAUCAAACAUCUUUUAAAUUUUAUUCUUUUUUUUUUUAUAUAGUGAAAUAAUUAAUUGUUAUUUAAUUGUUUUGUAUUAUUUUAUUUCUGUUAUGGAGUUCGUUUACUUGUUUUACAUUCCAUGUAGAGAAAUGUAUAUUAGUAUUUAUAAUAUUAGACAAUAAUAUGUUAAACAUUUAUCUAUUAUGUAUUUAAUUCACUUUUUAGAGUACCAAGACUGUUCAUAUA